CGAAUCACAAACGGCAAACGCUAUGCCCCAUCUAAUGUAACGCAUCAGCGUUAAACGUACCGAAUUCAGAAUUUACAAUGUCAGUCCACGGACGUCACGGAUCACGGACGAAAACGAAACCGCAGUAACCGCACAAUGCGCAAUAGCAGCGCGUCAUAGGAUCAUAGCUCUACAAUUUAGAGGUUAAGCCUGUUUCAAAUUGCAACCAACUUUUAAAUUGUUUAUGCAACGUUUUUGGCAAAGUUCAUAGGAUAAAUAAUGACGGACGUGCGCGAUAUUUUGGACAUUGAAGUUCCAUGUGCAACAGAAUUGACAAAGGAGUCUAUAUUGGGUAAUGAUAAGAAAAACAAACGUCGUUAUGAUUACAAAGUGCCGAAACGUCCCGAGGGUAUGCACCGCGAAGUGUUUGCACUAUUGUGCAAAGACAAUAAUGAUGUGCCACCGAUUUACCCAACUGACACGGGAACUGGAUACAAACAAGUACGUGCCAAACUGGGCAUGAAAAAAGUGCGACCCUGGAAAUGGACGCCAUUCACUAAUCCAGCUAGAACCGAUGGUGCAGUAUUUCACCAUUGGCGCAGAGUGACCGAUGCUGGCAAAGAAUAUCCUUUUGCUAAAUUCAAUAAAAAAGUUCCGAUUCCCAGUUAUACCAAUGCAGAAUACGUACAAUAUUUGGUCAAAAGCAACUGGACUCGUGCAGAAACCGAUCACCUUUUUGAAUUGUGUAGACGGUUUGAUCUUAGAUUCAUUAUUAUUAACGAUCGGUGGGAUCGCGCUAAAUUUCCAGAAAGGUCGGUGGAAGAACUCAAAGAAAGAUAUUAUCAUGUUUGCGGAGCACUUACUAGAGCAAAAUCUCACUCCGAAAAAAUUUACUCAUUCGACGCCGAUCAUGAAAAGCGUCGAAAAGAACAGCUGAAAAAGCUUUUCACCCGUACACCAGAGCAAGUAGAAGAGGAACAAACAUUGCUAGCUGAGUUAAGAAAAAUUGAGCAGAGAAAAAAAGAGAGAGAUAGAAAAACUCAGGAUCUACAAAAAUUAAUAACUGCUGCGGAUCAUCAAGCAGAUCCUAGAAAGAGUGAAAGGAAAUCGUCCAAAAAGAACAGUAGUUCAUCCAGAAAUAGACCUAAUAAAUCAGAUUCUUCCCACACCGUAAAAUUACAGGUCGUUGAGACAGCAGGGAUCAAGUUUCCGGAUUUGAAAAACAGUGGUGCAACACUCAGAUCUCAGAGAAUAAAACUACCAAGCAGUUUAGGUCAGAAAAAAAUGAAGGGUAUCGAGCAGAUGUUGAACGAGUUACAGAUUGAAUUGAAUCCACCACCUACGGAACAAAUUUGCCAGCAAUUCAAUGAUUUGAGAAGUGACAUCGUUUUGCACUACGAACUUCGAGGUGCGCUAGCAACGUGUGAUUACGAAUUGCAAUCGUUAAGACAUCAGUACGAAGCGUUGGCACCCGGAAAGACACUGACAAUCCCACCGGCUCUAUUACCUAAAACGGAUCCUGAAGUAAAGGCUGACAUAAUAGACGUUGUUGGGUCACCGAACACUCCCGCGAUCAGCCAAUAGAGUUCGUCGAAUAACGUGUGAGCAAUUAUUCAAAAUGUACAAAACCAUCAAGUCUCAAUGUCAUGUUAAUUUAUGAUUUGUAAUAAAUGUUACAGCUCGAAAUCGAA